UUAAGAAAGCCUUAAGAUGUCCAUGCCUGUGUAGAAAAACUAUACUGAUAACCGCAAGCACAUUUCUUUUUCUUUGUUCACCUGAAAUGUUUACCGAUGUUCGCGUGCUGUCUUGUAUUUGCUUUUGCACAGAACUGUUGCAGUACAACGUGGGUUUGGAGCUUCACAGAUCCCAGAAAGGGGCCCCAGUAACCACCGUCGUGGUCCCUCGAAUCCUGGAAGAACGAAGUGACAGUGGAGAACUGGUUGUGGCCAUCCGUGCUGGUUGGACGUUGGCUCUGAGGAAAGCGUCCGUGCUGCGGGAACAACUAGAAGUCACAACACUCGAGCAAAAUAAGAAAACAAUUCAUUAUAUGAAUGGAUCACGGAUGGAACAGAACCUUUACCACGACCCUCAAGCCCGCGCCGUUGUCAUACUUACGCGCUCCCGAGGACUUCGGCUCGUUGGUAUUCUAAGUCCUACCGAACGAAUACAGCCAUCAGUUGCAGCUGGGUAUGGCACAAGAGGCAGCGUUAAACAUGAGAUUUGGCCCAUAGCGCAGACGAACUCUUACGCUGAGAAUUCAUCAGACGUAUUUCGAGAAGAUACUGAUGGCUACCCACAUUCCACGUUGUCUGAGCCUUCUAUCCAGACCGCAAGGAAAGUUCUCGAGGCACGGUCUGGAGCCUCAACUUACCCUCUGAAAGCCACUUGCGAGACCCGCAUUGCGGUAGACUCAACUUAUUUUGCCUCAUUUCGUAGGAAUACACGGAAACUUGCGCAGUACAUGGCCGUACUGGUAGCCUUUACGAACCUAAAGUUCCGUACCUUUCAAGAAAAUAUAUUACAUUUUCAGCUUAGUGUAACAGGAAUUGUAAUUUUUUCGCACGUGAGAGAAACAUUUAUCAGGAAAUGGGACAAGGAUCCGUCUGUUAUGCUUAGUGAAACGCUGACCGACCUCAACUCCUAUGUAAAACGCGAUAGCAUGUUUGAGAAGGACGACAUCGUCAUGCUGUUUACAGGGCUUGACUUGGCCAUGAGUUACGGCACUGGAAAACCUCUGGGCCAAAGUAUAGUAGGGCUGGCGAAAGUCGGAACCGCUUGCGGCGAUUACAAAGCGGCGAUUGUGGAAGACAUACCGCGGACGUUCAGCAGCGUGCUUACUGUGGCCCACGAGAUUGGACACCUGGUAGGUUCGGUGCACGAUGGCUUUCCGAAUGAACACAGUUCGGUCGACCCGAGGACUUGUCCGAUGGGUGAAAAAAAGAUCAUGGCACCAACCAUGGGCAGAAAGAUGUGGCAGGCGUUCUCCUACUGCAGCACCGUCCAAGUAGCACAGUUCGUCAUGAGUAGCAAGGGAAACUGCUUGAAAAUUAAUAGUACUUCGAAAGAGAGUAAAAAAUUAACGUUUACUGAUGUUAACGAGACCCGACCUUCGCUGGACGAGUUUUGCCAACGCCACUAUACAGAAUAUAGAGGGACAGGUUAUAUAAAGCUUUCUGACGCAAGGCUGACUCUAGAUAAGUGCGUCAUCACAUGCAGAGAGCCUGAAAGACCAGGAGUAGUAAUAAUAAACGACGCACCUGAUGGCACGAGCUGUAACCAUACCAGACAACGCGCGAUAUGCAUCAACGGUAGAUGCACACGUGUUAAAGAUAAUCGUGUUGAGACAUUCGGAAAAGAUGUUAAGGAUAAGGUGAUUCAGCUGCGUUAGUGGACGUGAUAACAUAACCACCAAUGUCAUAUCUCGAUAACUAAGCACGAUGGCAACACUAUCGCGUUAUCCAAAACAUUAAAAACCAUAAAAAGAACGUUGAAGACUAAAGCAUUUUCCAGCUGUUGGAACGAACAUUCCUGCCUACAAGUUUCCACAAAGUUUAAUAUGUGAACAAGAAAGCUGGCCAUGGAAAA